AUGUCCGGCAUCGUUCAGGAUGUUGGGUUGGGCGUGUCACGGUUCGUGAAGGGACAGGGCGUCGUUCUGAUGCCAUUGCAAUCGGAAUAUGAUCUUCGAGACUUUGAGCAUGGAAACCGCCAGCGCUUUAUAGAAGAUGGUUUGAUGGAUUCGAAAGUUUUUUUUUCUGCUCCCUCGUCAUAUCUGUACCCUCUCCCGGCGUCGAUCUCUCUGCAAAGCGCCACAUAUCUCGGAGCACUCGCAACAGCCUACCAUGCUUUACUACGAACUUCUCCGUUUCGCUCUCUGGACAACGUCCUAAUCGUCUCCUCCAAUUGCGUCUCACUAUUUCUCAUUCGACUAUUAUAUUUGCAAAACGCAUUACAAAUCAUGGUCGUUGAGCAAGAUCCUUUUUUGAAAAGACUCGCGAUCCAGUUCGGUGCUACUCAUGUCCUCGACCCCGGAGAUAUCGACGUCUCCGAAUCCGUGCGCUUACUUACGGACGACAUGGGCGCUGACGUAGUCUUUCAAAUCUCGGAUCAAUGUGAUUACGAACACACGCCCGCUAUUACUUCUAGCAGCGCUAUGCUCAAAACCAUCAAAGCCAGGAAUGCAGCCCGGUCUGCGAUUUCAGCAUGCCGCACCCGCGGGACGAUAGUGAACAUCGCGCCCCGCGAAAUGUAUGAAGAUAGGAAAAGCAAGUACAGGAAUGAGUUGAUGAUGCAUGAGGUUCAGUACAUGGGUUCUGCGGGGUAUGAUUUUGCUUCUCUCAAGGCCGCUGUUGGGCUGAUGGAGAGGGGGGACGUGAUGUCUGAGGGGAUAAGCCUGGCGUGA